UUGAGUGCGGCUCGACUCGGUGACUUAGUUAUUCCAGGCACUCAUAACAGUGCAUCUUUUUCUGUAUCACCAAAUGGUACUUUGGUGGAAAAACUUUGGAUUUCACGUGUUGCUUUAAGCCUUGGAUUUAGUAAUUAUUUCAGCUCGUGGGCCAGGAACCAUGACGACGGAUUAGGUGCGCAGCUUAAUGCUGGUUACCGAUGUCUUGAUUUACGAAUUGCCUUGCUACCAAAUGGAGGAUUUUACUGGUGGCAUGGCAUAUCUGGAGAGGCCAUUGAAUCUGGCUUAAAAGAAAUUGCUAAUUUUGCGACAGAGAAUCCAGGAGAGAUUAUUAUACUUUUAAUUUCCCACUUAAAUGCACCCGGUAACGGAAUUCAAGAGAAAUUACCAAUGCCAGGUGAGUCUAAGAUCAAACUUGGUAAAUAUUUAUUAUCUAUUUUAGGACCAAAUCUUGUCCCAACACGGAACAUUUCUUUAAAUCCUACCUUAUCGAGUGUCAUCUCAACGGGACGUAAUGUCAUUGCUCUAAUCCGGGAAGAUAAAGAUUUAGUAAAUGCCUUCCCGGAUUAUUUCUGGAGCGAUGUCAACAACGAAACAGCAGUGGAAAUGUUUGAACGAAGAACUAACCCUCGGAGUAUGUUUACACAUCGUUCUGACAUCAUGCAGAAAUAUAAGAGGAAUUUCCCCGACAGAUUAGCCAUCACACCGGCUUUUGUGACACACAAUGUUCCAAAUGUUUUGGGAGGAAUAUUAAGAAGCAAACGCGUGGCCUGGGCUCUUUCUUUAGUUCUGACAAUUAUGUUUUAUCGAUUAAUCCAAUCGUCGGAAAACAAGGACUUUACGAAAUUGUUCUGUACCGGAUUAAAAAGGCGAAGUCCCGUAAAAGCUGCUAGAGUCACUGUGAUAUACCUGUUGAUUAUUAUAAUAUCUGUGUAUUUAGGGCAUUUACAGCAUAGAACUAUACUAAAACUUUUCGGAUUUGAGGGUAAAGCCACAAAUUUGUUAGAAAUGGCACGGAUAGCUAAUCUUUGCGGAGAUGAUCCAAGCAAAGCUAACGGGGAGGUAAUUUAUAAAGGUAUAAAUUCUAUGAUUCGGCACUGGUCGGACAGAGAACAAGAAUACAGACUAAACAUCGUUCUGGUUGACGAUUUUUCAUCCAGCCAAGCGGUGAGGACGGCGAUACAAGAAAACAUUCGGAGAACGGACAUAGAAAGAUAUAACAUGAAAACGAAGUUUAGUUGAAACAGGAAACAUUACACAAAACCUAGAAUAUAAGCAACACACGCACACCUACACACACAUAUACACACACAUGCACACUAAUGCAUACAUACAUACACACACACAAGCCACACAUAAUCCCACACAUAUACAUGCACAUAUAUAAAAGUACUUAUAUUUAUAUAUGUAU